AUGCGUUGGCGUCGGCGGGAUUCUCGCCUAACCUGCAUCUCGCGACACCCGCUUAGCGCAUCACCUGAUUCUCGCUUACCACGCUGCGCGCAUCAACCGCUUAGCGACUCACCCGCCGCUCGCCUCACCCGCUUAGCGACUCAUCCGCUCCUCGCCUCACCCGCUGCUUGCCGGUCAAGUGUAGCGCGUAACCAGCUUAGUGACUCAUUUCCCCCCCUUCUCCCUCUCAUUUCCUCCCCCCUACUCCAUCUCAUCUCCCCGUUCUCCCUCUCAUUUCUCCCCCUUCUCCCUCUCAUUUCCAUCCUUUCUCCCUCUCGUUUUAACCCCUUUCUCCCUCUCAUUUUCCCCCCUUUUCCCUCUCAUCCCCCCCCUUCUCCCUCUCACUUCCCCCCCUUCUCUCUCUCUCGUUUCCCCCCUUUCUCCCUCUCAUCCCCCCCCCUUCUCCCUCUCAUUCCCCCUCCUACUCCCUCUCAUUCCCCCCUCUUAUCCCUCUCAUUUCUCCCCCUUCUCCCUCUCGCUGUCCCCAUUUCUCCCUCUCGUUUCCCCCCCUUCUCCCUCUCAUUUCCCCCCUUCUCCUCCUCAUUCCCCCCCUUAUCCCUCUCAUUUCUCCACUUUCUCCUUCUCCUUUCCCCCGCUGCUCUCACUCAUUUCCGCCGUCAGCUGCGCGCCUCACCCGCCAUCUCGACCGACCAACCCUAUCCCUCUCGCCUUGUCCGCCCAUUUCCGAAACCUGCCGUGCCUUUCCCUCCCUGCCCUUCCCUCCCUUCCCUUCGUCCACCCACUGCCCUUCCCUCCCUUCCCUUCGUCCCCCCACUGCCCUUCCCUCCCUUCCCUUCGUCCCCCCACUGCCCUUCCCUCCCUUCCCUUCGUUCCCCCACUGCUCUUCCCUCCCUUCCCUUCGUUCCCCCACUGCCCUUCCCUCCCUUCCCUUCGUCCCCCCACUGCCCUUCCCUCCCUUCCCUUCGUUCCCCCACUGCCCUUCCCUCCCUUCCCUUCGUCCCCCCACUGCCCUUCCCUCCCUUCCCUUCGUUCCCCCACUGCCCUUCCCUCCCUUCCCUUCGUCCCCCCACUGCCCUUCCCUCCCUUCCCUUCGUUCCCCCACUGCCCUUCCCUCCCUUCCCUUCGUUCCCCCACUGCCCUUACCUCCCUUCCCUUCGUCCCCCCACUGCCCUUCCCUCCCUUCCCUUCGUUCCCCCACUGCCCUUCCCUCCCUUCCCUUCGUUCCCCCACUGCCCUUCCCUCCCUUCCCAUCGUUCCCCCCUGCCCUUCCCUCCCUUCCCAUCGUUCCCCCGCUGCCCUUCCCUCCCUUCCCAUCGUUCCCCCACUGCCCUUCCCUCCCUUCCCAUCGUUCCCCCACUGCCCUUCCCUCCCUUCCUAGCGUUCCCCAACUGCCCUUCCCUCCCUUCCCUUCAUUCCCCCACUGCCCUCCUGUCCUUAUCAUCAUCUCUCUGUUCCAGGGAGGUUCCCAUGUUCAAAUAA